AGCCACGCCCAUCCCAUUGAACCACUCGCUGAAAUGUUCCUGUGUGUUUACUACUGUAUUUAGUAUUCUGAGCUGAGCACGUAUAUGCCGAGUCCUCUCCUAAAGCAGUUGCUUUUCUAGUAUUUUACAGAAUCUUUUCAGGAAUCUAACAUGCCUAAAAGAAAGGGAGCUGAUGGGGAUGCAAAGGAGGAGCCUCAGAGGAGAUCUGCACGGUUAUCAGCAAGACCAGCACCUGUCAAGGCUGAACCCAAACCAAAAAAGACAUCAAAGAAAAACAAAGCAGUCAACGACAAGAAGGAGAAAACGAGCAAGCAGAAAGCCAAGGAGACCUCAGAGUCUGCUGCCAAUGAGGAGAACCACUCAGAAAAUGGAGAAGCGAAGACCAAUGCGGUUGAGGAGACUGAAGAAAUAGAGGAAGCAAAGUCCGAGUAGUGCCACUGCCUCCCUCAAGCCCUGUCAUCCCCACUGCACACCACUUUCAGUCUCAUGUCAUUGGCCACACUUCCAAGGCAUAUUGUAAACAGAGGAAUAUUUUUAUCAAUGGUUUUAUAAGUAUCAGUACAGAUUUUUAGCACAAACUGAAGCUAAAUCCUGAGAACCAUGCAGAUUUGCAGUGAUUAUAUUGCAUGUCUGCGAGAACACACAAAAAUUCUUUUUAAAUGGCAUUUUAUGGUUGUUAACUUAUUUGAUCUAGAAAAACCAUACCUGCCUAUAGAGUCCUGUGUUUUCUUAUGUAUUGUGUCCACAUGCUCUGCCUUCCCUUUCCAUACGCUUCAUUUUUUUUUUUAAGGUUUACCAAGUGAUUAUAACAUACAGUAGGUGGGGGAAAGUUACUUUUUUAACUCAUGUAUGUGCAGUAAGUUUCCUUGCUUUUCAGUCAUUUGUCCUAGAUAUUUCAUUUUGGUGUAUUAUUCAUUAGAGAAAAAAAACAAAAAAAAAACAUCAUUCAAGCAGACAUGAUUUGAGAGUGUUGACAUAUUUCACUUUACUCUGCAGAAAAAGAAAGACAUUUUCUGAAGGUUAAAAAAUGGCAGCUUAUUAAAGACCAUGCUGUUUUGUCAUGCAAACUUUUGUUAAUGGCAGCAUUUUAUUUUAUCGGCACUUAAAACAACAGUUAUCAAGUCUGCCGGUGGCUAUGUUCACUCUGAUGUUCCAUCGCUGCUAAUAAAAACAAAUUCCCCA